CUGACGUCAGAGGGGCGCGCCGCCUUAUAGGGCGCGGGGGGCGGGGCCGGCGGCGCAGACGCGGCCGGGAUGGACGGCAGUUACGAGGCGUGCGCCGAGGCGGCGCGCUGGCUGCGGGCGCAGUUCCGGGAGCCGCCGCGGGUGGCGCUGGUGUGCGGCUCGGGGCUGGGGGCGCUGGCGCAGGAGCUGCGCGAGGCGCAGAGCUUCGACUAUCGCGACAUACCGCACUUCCCGCGCAGCACCGUGCAGGGCCACGCCGGGCGAUUGGUCGUGGGGCGCCUGGGCUCCGCCCCCUGCGCCGUGCUGCAGGGGCGGUUCCACCUCUACGAGGGCUACACCUCCAGCCAGGUGGUCAUUCCCGUCCGGACGCUGGCCCUGCUGGGUGUCCACACGCUGGUGCUGACCAACGCCGCGGGCUCGCUGCGGCCGGGGCUGGCCCCCGGUCACCUGCUGGUCAUCCGCGACCACAUCGACCUGCCCGGGCUGGCCGGACGCUCGCCCCUGGUGGGGCCCAAUGACGACAGGUUCGGGCCGCGGUUCCCGUCCAUGACGGACGCCUACGACCCCGCGCUGCGGCGCCUGGCGCUGGCGCUGGCCCCCAAGGAGCUGCGGGCGCGCUCGGGGGUCUACGUGGGCGUGGGGGGCCCCAGCUACGAGACCCCCGCCGAGUGCCGCUACCUGCGCCGCGUGGGCGCCGACGCCGUCGGUAUGAGCACGGUGUCGGAGGCGGCGGCCGCGCGUCACCUGGGGCUGCGCGUGCUGGGGCUGUCGCUCAUCACCAACACGGCGCCGGCCGACAGCGACGACGAGGGCGACGACGACGACGCCGAUGACGUCACGGCGGGCGGGGCGGGGCCGGGGCCACGCCCGGCCGCGCCCGGGGGGCUCUCGGGGCACGCCGAGGUGCUGGCGGCGGCGCAGGAGGGGGCGCGGCACCUGCGGGCGCUGCUGGCGGCGCUGGCCCCGCGCCUGGACGAGCCCGGCCGCGCCCGCGAGGCCCCGGUGACCUCAUCGGGGUGAUGAUGUCACCGCCGCC